AUGUUGUUACUUCCGUUUUUUAACAUAAUUAUUUCGGUCAAUUCAUCGAUAUUGAAAUGGUGUAAAGUUAAAGACGUGAUAACUUGUGUCAAUCAGAACAAUAAAUGCCCUUUAAAUUAUGAAUGGAGUGUCAUUGAUAAUAUUGUGAGUUUUCAACAAAACUUAAAAACAGAAACAAUAACAAUUAAGUGCAAAAUACCGUCACAACUGUUUGUAAUUAGUUUUGAUGGUCAAACCCAAAAAUUGUUAUUUUCGAAAUUAAAUGACAAAUAUGUUUUUUAUCAACAAAAAAGCUUACAUAGUACAACACUCAAAGAAGUUGUUGAUGGAAAUUUGUGUGGAAAUUACCCAAAUUGUGCUUCUUGUUCAACCACAAAUAGUAUUACACAUUGUAAUACCUGUCUUCCUGGAUUUUUUAAAAGUGACUAUUAUUCAUGUUCCGCUUGUUCUGCAGGUUGUUCAAAAUGUAAUGGGUUUAAUAAUGUCGAUUGUCAGUCUUGUAUAUCACCAGGACAUAUCACAACGGAUUCUAAUUGCUCCGACUGCUCUAUUGGUUGUGCAAUAUGUCAAACACAAUCACCUUUUUAUUGUCAGACCUGUAUUUCUGGGUUUGUUUUUAUGAGGGGGUCAUGUCGUAAAUGUCCAACUGGUUGUACUACUUGCACUGAUACGCCAACGUGCAAUUCUUGUGACCUCAAUUAUCGUCCUUAUAAUGGUGUGUGUUCCAGAUGUCGCGAUGGAUGUAAAACGUGUUCUAGUAGUGAAUUAGAAACUUGUUUAUCCUGUUUAGAGGGUUACUUUCAAAGUGGUAAAUUUUGUUAUCCGUGUUAUGACAAUUGUGCUUCGUGUUCAAGUAGAUUAGUUGCAAGUUGCACUUCAUGUAAAACUGGUUAUUAUUUAAUCAAUGGUACUUGUCAUACGUGUGGAGUAAACUGUAUAAAGUGCACAUCCUCGGAAAAUGGAAGUUGUUUAUUAUGUAAAGAAGGUUAUUUCAAAGUCAAUGGUAAUUGUUUCCCAUGUUAUUCUGGAUGUGCAACUUGCAAUGGAACUUCGAAUGGAAAUUGUUUUUCGUGUAUAACUGGGUUUCGACAGAACGGUUAUUAUUGUUAUUCAUGUGCGACUGGUUGUAAAACGUGUUUUGGUGAAGAAACAAGACAGUGUAAUUCUUGUUUAUCGGGUUAUACUUUUGAAGACUUUAAGUGUACUAAAUGUCCAAGAGGAUGUGAAUCUUGUUCAACAGGCAUUGUAACAUGUACGGCAUGUCUUGAUGGAUAUUACAAAUACACAACUGGUUGUCUUGCAUGUCCUUCACCUUGUCUUACAUGCGAUGACAUACCAUAUUUUCACUGCACUUCAUGUGUUGAGGGGUAUCAUCUUUUAGAUGACGAAUGUGUUCAAUGUAAUGAAGGGUGUACUUCAUGUAUAUCCGAUAAUACCGCUUUGUGUUUUUCUUGUGAACCAUUUGGAUAUUAUUUUGAUUCUUAUAAUUGCAUAGAAUGUUCGACAAAUUGUCUUUCUUGUGAGUAUUCAUCAACAAAUUGUACAUCCUGCAAAGAUGGUAGUUCUUAUUUUUCAAACAAUGAAUGUUUUCAAUGUAUUAACUGUUUAAGUGGAAAUUGCCAUCAAAAUGGGUGUACUCAAUGUAAGUAUUCAAAUUAUUAUGUAUCUGGAUACAAUUGUUUGCCAUGUGAUAACAAUUGCAAAACUUGUUCAUUAUCGUCUACCAAAUGCACUUCAUGUGAAGAUGGAAGUUUAUAUUUAAAAGAUUCAACAUGUGUUCAAUGCCUAAAUUGUGUGAAUGGAAAUUGCCAUCAAGAUGGGUGCAGUUUGUGCACGGAUUCUCAUUUUUUCAAUAUUUCUCAUGACUGUUACAAAUGUGAUGAUAACUGCAAAACAUGUGGUACAAACAAAACAAAUUGUUUGAGUUGUGAAAAUGGAAAAUAUUUAGAUCAAGGAACAUGCAAAAUUUGCGACGAAAAUUGUCUUGAUAACAUGUGUGAUGUUGUUAUGGGAUGCACUGCUUGUGCUGAAAGUUUUGAAGUAAAAAAUAAAGUGUGUGUAUGUAAAAGUGGGUUUUAUUUGAGUGGAAAUAACAAGUGUUCAAGAUGCUUUACAAGUCAACUUAAUG